UCUCGGGUUCACUAGGGGCGCUCGGAGGAGACCAGAAAGUCGCGGCCCGGCUGCGCGGGAUGCCUUUCGCCAAGCGGAUCGUGGAGCCGCAGUGGCUGUGCCGGCAGCGGCGCCCGGCGCCCGGCCCAGCUGUGGACGCGAGCGGAGGCAGCGUUGAACCGCCGCCGCCCCUUCAGCCACCCGGCCGGCCCGACGAGGCCGAGGUGCCGGGGCCAGAAGAGCCAGCCCACGCGCCCCCCGCACCUCCCGGGCUGCCACCGCCGCCGCCGUUGCCCGCGCCGGCCGACCCGGCUCAGCCGCCACACGGAGAGGCACCAGUGGCAGGCGAGGAGAGCGCGGCGGGGGUCCCGGAGGCGGCGUCCGCCACUGGAGAGGCGUCCUCGGCAGCGGCCGCGGCCGUGCUGCUCAUGCUGGACCUGUGCGCGGUCAGCAACGCAGCGCUGGCCCGCGUCCUCCGGCAGCUUUCGGACGUGGCCCGGCACGCGUGCAGCCUCUUCCAGGAGCUCGAGAGCGACAUCCAGCUCACCCACCGCCGCGUCUGGGCGCUGCAGGGCAAGCUCGGCGGCGUGCAGCGCGUCCUCGGCACGCUGGACCCCAAGCAGGAGGCAGUGCCCGUCUCCAACCUGGACGUGGAGAGUAAGCUGAGCGUGUACUAUCGCGCACCAUGGCACCAGCAGCGAAACAUCUUCCUCCCAGCCACCAGGCCACCCUGCGUGGAGGAGCUGCACCGCCAUGCCCGGCAGAGCCUGCAGGCCCUGCGCAGAGAACACCGGAGCCGGAGCGAUCGUCGAGAGCAGAGAGCAGCUGUCCCCCUUUCCGCCGCUGCUCCCCCACUGCCCGCCUACCCUCCAGCUCACAGCCAGAGGAGGCGCGAAGUUAAGGACCGUCACUUCCUAACGUUUAACAGCACCCGUUCGCCCUCCCCCACUGAGUGUUGCCACAUGACCCCAUGGAGUAGAAAGUCCCAUCCCCCAGAGGAUGAAGAUACUGAUGUCAUGUUAGGGCAGCGGCCGAAAAACCCAAUACACAAUAUCCCCUCUACACUGGACAAGCAAACCAACUGGAGCAAAGCACUACCUCUCCCGACGCCAGAGGAGAAGAUGAAACAAGAUGCCCAAGUGAUUUCUUCUUGCAUUAUCCCCAUCAACGUCACUGGCGUUGGUUUCGACAGAGAGGCUAGUAUCCGCUGUUCCCUUGUUCAUUCACAAUCCGUUCUCCAGAGGAGACGAAAAUUGAGGAGGAGGAAAACCAUCUCGGGUAUCCCCAGAAGAGUUCAACAAGAAAUAGAUUCGGAUGAAUCACCAGUGGCCAGGGAAAGGAAUGUGAUCGUGCACACAAAUCCAGACCCCUCCAACACUGUCAACAGAAGGUCCGGAACCAGGGACUCUGAGUGCCAAACUGAGGACAUUCUGAUUGCUGCCCCAUCCCGAAGGAGAAUCAGAGCUCAAAGGGGUCAGAGCAUCGCGGCUUCCCUCUCACACUCUGCUGGCAACAUUUCUGCCCUGGCAGACAAAGGAGACACCAUGUUUACCACUACAGUGAGCAGCCGCACAAGGUCUCGGAGCCUGCCCCGGGAAGGCAACAGAGGUGGGGAUACUGAGCCCAAAGUCGGUACUAAACCCUCAGCAUAUGAAGAGGGAGAGCCUUUCGUGGAGGACCAUGAAAGAAUCCCCAAUGAUUGCAGUGAGGCUCCGAGCAGCCCGAGCACACAGGAACACCAGCCUGCUUUGGGCUUGGCCUGUUCUCAGCAUCUUCACAGCCCUCAGCACAAGUUGAAUGAGAGAGGGAGGUCACGCUUGUCCCGAAUGGGUGCUGACUCUGGCAGUUGUGACAUCUCCUCCAACUCAGACACCUUUGGGAGCCCCAUCCACUGCAUCUCCACGGCUGGUGUCCUCCUCAGCAGCCACAUGGACCAGAAAGAUGAGCACCAGUCCUCCAGUGGCAACUGGAGUGGGAGCAGUUCCACGUGUCCCUCACAGACCUCAGAGACAAUCCCUCCUGCAGCUUCUCCUCCCCUGACUGGCUCUUCUCACUGUGACUCAGAAUUGUCACUAAACACGGCUCCUCAUGCCAAUGAAGACACCAAUGUCUUUGUGACAGAGCAGUACAAUGACCAUCUGGAUAAAGUGAGAGGCCACCGGGCAAAUUCCUUCACCUCUACUGUCGCGGAUCUGCUGGAUGACCCUAACAACAGCAACACAAGUGACAGUGAGUGGAAUUACCUACACCACCAUCAUGAUGCCUCCUGCCGCCAGGAUUUCAGCCCUGAGCGUCCCAAGGCAGACAGCCUAGGCUGCCCAAGCUUCACAAGCAUGGCCACUUAUGACAGCUUCCUGGAAAAGUCUCCAUCGGACAAAGCAGACACUAGCUCUCACUUUUCGGUAGACACAGAAGGAUACUAUACCUCCAUGCAUUUUGACUGUGGUCUCAAAGGUAGUAAGGGCUACGUCUGUCACUACACAGCCCUGGGCCCAGAGAAUGGCCAGGGUGUUGGAGUUCCUACCAGUCUUCCGGACUGUUCCUGGCAGGACUAUUUAGACCACAGGAGGCAGGGAAGACCGAGCAUCUCUUUCAGGAAACCAAAGGCAAAGCCGACCCCACCUAAACGUAGCUCAUCAUUGAGGAAGUCUGAUGGAAACACAGACGUUUCUGAGAAGAAAGAACCAAAGAUAAGCAGUGGUCAGCACCUGCCUCACAGUUCCAGGGAGAUGAAGCUGCCUCUCGAUUUCUCCAACACGCCUUCUCGAAUGGAAAAUGCCAAUCUUCCCACCAAGCAGGAACCUUCUUGGAUAAACCAGAGUGAACACGGCAUUAAGGAACCUCAGUUAGACACUUCCGAUAUUCCACCAUUCAAAGACGAAGGUGCUGAAUCAACUCACUAUGCAGACCUCUGGCUUCUGAAUGACUUGAAAACAAAUGAUCCGUAUAGAUCACUAUCUAACUCAAGCACUGCUACGGGUACCACAGUUAUUGAAUGCAUCAAAUCUCCAGAGAGCUCUGAAUCCCAAACAUCCCAGUCAGAAUCAAGAGCCACCACCCCAUCUCUUCCUUCUGUGGACAAUGAGUUUAAACUGGCUUCCCCAGAAAAGCUGGCUGGCUUGGCAUCUCCAUCCAGUGGCUACUCGAGCCAGUCUGAAACGCCAACAUCCUCUUUCCCAACGGCUUUCUUUUCAGGCCCAUUGUCUCCUGGAGGUAGCAAAAGAAAACCUAAAGUCCCAGAGAGGAAAUCCUCGCUACAGCAACCCUCCUUAAAAGAUGGAACUAUCUCACUGAGUAAAGAUCUUGAACUUCCAAUUAUACCUCCUACCCAUCUUGACCUAAGUGCUCUUCAUAGCGUCUUGAACAAACCAUUCCACCACCGUCAUCCAUUGCAUGUUUUUACUCAUAGUAAGCAGAACACAUUAGGAGAAACACUGAGGUCUAAUCCUCCGCCGUCCCUUGCCAUUACGCCAACAGUCCUGAAAUCUGUUAACCUUAAGUCCAUCAACAAGUCUGAAGAAGUUAAGCAAAAAGAGGGCAACAAUGCAAAUCUCCCCUACUUAGAGGAAAACACUCUGACAAUGACGGCCUUGUCUCCGAGUAAGAUUCAGCCACAAACAGCAAAGAAAUCAGUCUCACAUCAGUACUCCACUGAAGACACCGUACUGUCCUUUUUAGACCCCUCUGCAGCUGAGAUGGGACCAGAUAAACUACAUUUAGAAAAAAGUUCUACUUUUGAUGUGAAGAAUGAUUGCGAUCCAGAAAACGUACCCUCAGCUGGUAGCAAUCUCCUUGAUUCCAAUGCUGCAAAAGACCAAAUACACACAGAGAGUGAGCCCAUUCUGGAAAACACAGCAAGCAAAAACUGUGAUUUUUCCGCAGAAGGAUUUCAGAAAGUCUCUGCUGCCCGCCCAACUGAUUUGGAUGGUACAAUAAUACAAUAUGGAGCUGGUCCAGACGGAGCCCUAGAACAGAUACAGAAGGCGCCCUCUGUAGGUCGAGAGGAAGUUGCACAACCCGAAUCUGCAGAUGUAAUUCCAUCUCAGUCAAACGCACCAACCAGAGCAACAGACAUAAGUAAUCAAUUUAAGCAUCAACUUGCUAUGAGCCGCCACCACGACAAAGUGCCUGGGAAUAUCAGCUACGAAUCAGAGAUAUCACCUGUAAAUUCAUUCCCUGAAAAAUGUUCUGAGCAGGAAAAUAUUGCUUCAGGUAUUUCAGCCAAAAGUGCCUCUGAAAACAGCAGACCAGAGGAGACCCAUGGAAGUGUGGAUGAGGCUUCACUGAAAGAAUCAUCACCAAGCGAUGACACCAUCAUUUCACCACUUAGUAAAGACUCUCAAGCCGAAGCGGAUGGGGUGUUUGUGUCUCCAAACAAACCUCGAACGACUGAGGAUUUAUUCGCAGUCAUUCACAGAUCCAAGAGGAAAGUACUUGGAAGAAAAGAUUCCGGGGACAUGUCUGUUCGAAGCAAAUCGCGAAUUCCCCCGGGCAGUAAUAGCAGCAGUACCAGUUCUGUCACUUCACCCAGCACCACUGUGACCACCGCCAACAGCCAGAGGUCUCCUGGUCUCAUCUACCGGAAUGCCAAAAAGUCCCACACAUCAAAUGAAGAAUUUAAGCUGUUACUCCUCAAGAAAGGCAGUCGCUCAGAUUCCAGUUACCGCAUGUCUGCCACUGAGAUCCUGAAGAGUCCCAUCCUGCCCAAACCUCCCGGGGAGCUCGCAGCAGAGUUCCCUCAAAGCACUGAAGAUGCCCAUCAGGGGUCACCCGGGGCAGAGGCAUUGUCCCCACUCUCUCCAUGCUCCCCACGCGUGAAUGCCGAAGGGUUUUCCUCAAAGAACUUUGCCACCUCGGCAUCGGCAAGAGUUGGACGUUCCCGAGCCCCUCCCGUGGCCAGCAGCAGCCGCUACAGUGCCCGCUGCCGCCUGUACAACACGCCCAUGCAAGCCAUCUCCGAGGGAGAGACAGAAAAUUCCGAUGGCAGCCCACACGAUGACCGCUCCUCCCAGAGCUCCACAUAGGUCGCCUGUGCCCAGCUGCCUGUCAAACGCCCAAAC